AUGAAAUGCACUAAGCUCCAUUUACAGGAAAGAAUAAAGGCAAGACCAACAUCUGAGCUUGAUCGCGAUAAGCCAAGAAGAUACUGCCAGAAACUAUUAGUGGAUCCCCAAUUUGAAGAAAAUUCUAGGUGGACGGAUGCUUUACAAAGGUUUUGUUGCACUGAAACCGUCAGAUUUGAUAAUAAUGGAACUAAGAAUAUACGAACUGAGCAAAAUACAAACAUAAGCAAAAUGUUCCUUUCGGUACAGAAUUUGCAAUUCGACGGUGAUAUUAAACAAAGUAAAAGACCGCUAACGAGUUUUAAAUUUAGAAAUCCAGUUGAUGUUCAUAAACAUAGAAUGUUUGUGAAACAAGCUGUUGAUGAGGACAUUGAUUAUAACGAUGUUGACAACGAUGUUGUAUCUGAGCAAACAUGUUAUUACUUCGGCGAUUAUGUGAGAUACUUUGCUAACAAUGAUCGAUCUAGACCAUCUUCAGCUAAGUCAAGUAUAAAUAUACAAAAUACAGAUAAAAAACUAAGAGAAAAUAAAUCAGUGCAAGUUGAUUUCAAAAGAAUAACUGAAUCGAAACACAAAGAAUUAACGCCUGACCUUAUUUUUAACAAAGAUGAAGAAAUAUUAAAAAAUCAUAAAGAAAGUCAAAUAGAGAACUAUGACAUGGAUAAAAAUGAAACUAAAAUAGCGUUUUAUAAGCGCGGAAAACGAAAAAGUAUUACAAUUUCGAAGUCUGAAAGCCCAGAAACAGUUCAAGUAAUUAGAGUCGAUGUUGUUUGCAAUUACAGCUGUAGUUCCACAAUGUCUGAUUACGAUGAAGAUAAAAAACAGUGUAGUGAUAGAAAACUGCCAUCAACGGACGCACAAACAAUAAACACAAAUAUAAAAAGAUUUAACUUGUCAAAUAAAUAUCUUUUAACAAAAUCAGUCAAGGCUCUAGACGAAAAUGUUUCUGGAGGUGCAAAUGUUACCUUGCUUUGCAAAACAUUUACUUUAACUGAUAGAUUAAAACCGUCACGAGGUAAACCAUCUAAAAUGAUUUGUAAUAUACGGCACGCUAAAAAAAAUUUAAGAAUUAAGUAA